AUGGCUACUUCCUCCCGUGGUACCGAGAACAAGUGGACUCCCGAUGAAGAUGAGAUACUCAGGGCAGCGGUGGAGAAGUCGCGAUCUGAUAACUUUGCGGUAGAUGGGAAGAAGAAUAGCUGGCAGAAGAUUUCGUCUUGUUUACCAGGGCGAACGAACAAAAGCUGUCGCAAGCGAUGGGUACACUCGUUGGACCCCACGUUACGUAAAGGCCGGUGGACCGCCGCAGAGGAUGCGCAGCUGCUGGAGGCCGUUCGCGUCCACGGCAAGUACUGGUGGCAGGUUGCGCGUCACAUAGAGGGUCGCACGGACGAUCAAUGCGCCAAGCGCUGGCGGGAGAAACUGGACCCAUCAAUCUCAAGGCAUGCCUGGACAAAACAAGAGGACGAGAUCCUGUUGGCGGCAUGCGAGACCCAUGGCAAGAAGUGGAACGUGAUCUCGAAGAUGCUCCCCGGUCGGCCGGCAGUUCACUGUCGUAAUCGCUACCAGAGCCUCCAACGAUCCCUCGCUGCGUCCUCAUCCACUGCGACCUUGCGGCCGCCCUCAGUUGUGUCAUCAGACUCUUCGUAUAGCGAAUCGUUCUCAUCGCGCUCACCAGAAAUGGUCAGUUUUCUCGCCCGUUGUCUGUUGUCACGUCCGCGGUCUGACUUCCGAUUUCCGUAG